UACCCCCUCAUGGAGCUCAAUUAGAAGACAGCGCGCAGGGAGCAGAGGCAGGUGUUCCACGGCGAUAAUUAAAUGAAAACAAACACAGGCUAAAAUUUGACCUGUUGUAGAAACCAAACACCCGAGGUCCGGGAAAAGUAAAGCUGUCGUUGUAACCCAAGAUGAACGGUAGUGGACCAACAUACCCCCUAGCCUCCCUGUACGUCGGGGACCUGCACCCUGACGUUACAGAGGCCAUGCUUUACCAGAAAUUCUCUCCUGCUGGGCCUAUCAUGUCGAUCCGUGUGUGCCGUGACAUCAUUACCCGCAGAUCUCUGGGAUAUGCCUACAUAAACUUCCAGCAACCAGCUGAUGCGGAGUGUGCCUUGGAUACAAUGAACUAUGAGGUUAUCAAGGGUCGUCCCAUCCGCAUUAUGUGGUCUCAGCGUGACCCAGGACUCAGGAAGUCUGGCGUGGGCAACAUCUUCAUCAAGAACAUGGAUGAGUCCAUUGACAACAAGGCCCUGUACGAUACAUUCUCAGCCUUUGGGAAUAUUUUGUCCUGCAAGGUUGUUUGCGAUGAGAAAGGCUCAAAAGGCUAUGGCUUUGUUCACUUUGAGACUCAGGAGGCUGCAAACCGUGCAAUUGAGACCAUGAACGGGAUGCUGCUGAAUGAUCGGAAAGUCCUAGGGACAGGUAAUGAGUUGGAAUCUGGCUUUCUCGACCCAAAGGCCCAUUCCCUGUGGAAAAAAUGUCAGUUUUCCCUGCGUAGUUUUGUUGGCCACUUUAAGUCCCGCAAGGAGAGAGAGAUGGAGUUUGGUGCCAAAGCCAUGAAGUUCACCAAUGUCUACAUCAAAAACUUUGGCGAAGACUACACUGAUGAGAAUCUCAAGGAAGUCUUUUCUGCAUUUGGUAAGACCCUGAGUGUGCGGGUGAUGAAGGACGAGCGGGGCCGUUCACGUGGAUUUGGCUUUGUCAACUUUGACAACCAUGAGGAUGCUCAAAAGGCAGUGGAGGAAAUGAAUGGGAAGGAGAUCAGUGGGAAAAUCCUUUACGUUGGGCGAGCCCAGAAGCGGACAGAACGCCAGGGGGAGCUGAAGCGCAGGUUUGACCAGAUCAAACAGGAUCGCAUUCAACGCUACCAGGGUGUGAAUUUGUAUGUGAAGAACUUGGAUGAUAGCAUAGAUGAUGACAGACUGCGGAAAGAGUUUGCCCCUUAUGGUACCAUCACUAGUGCCAAGGUCAUGACAGACGGCGACCAGAGCAGGGGCUUUGGCUUUGUGUGCUUCUCGUCACCCGAGCAAGCAACUAAAGCAGUAACUGAAAUGAAUGGGCGAAUUAUUGCAACCAAGCCACUAUAUGUGGCUCUGGCUCAGCGGAAGGAGGAGCGUAAAGCCAUCCUCACCAAUAAGUACAUGCAGAGACUUGCCACUGUGAGGACCAUGACAAGCCCCAUCAUUGACUCAUACCAGCAGGCAGGAUACUAUAUGUCUGUGCCACAGCCUCCGUCUCGCUCUUUCUACAACCCCAGUGCUGUCAGCAACAUGAGGGCAGCAUCUCGUUGGACAGCACAGCCGCCCAGACCACAGGGCUCCUACUCAACCCAGUUUGUCUCAAGUGCUGUUCCCCGACGUGCAUCCACUCCCAUUGCCACAGUCAAACAGGCUUCCACCCAAGCUCCACGGAUCCUGAAUUGCACUCAGAAGACGAUUAACAUUGGCACCCAAACAGUAGGUGGCCGAGCCGAUAUGCCUGGUGUGGCCAGAGGCAGCCACUACAAGUACUCCUCUGCAGUAAGGAAUGCUCAGCAGGUCAUUCCUGUACCUGCACACAUGACAAGACUACAGGUUGUUCCUACAUCUGUAAUGGACACAGCAGCGCACAUUCAAAGCCAGGAGCCACUCUCAGCCUCAGUGCUUGCUGCAGCGCCUCUUAUGGAUCAGAAACAGCUGCUGGGCGAGCGAUUGUACCCACUGAUCCAGGCCCUGCACCCAAACUUGGCUGGAAAAAUCACUGGUAUGCUCCUGGAGAUCGACAACUCAGAGCUGCUGCACAUGCUGGAGUCUCCUGAGUCCCUGCAUUCUAAGGUGGAAGAGGCGGUCGCUGUAUUGCAGGCUCACCAGGUUAAGGAUUGCUCCCCUAAAAAGUAACAAACCCUUCAAGGUCAGCAACAACUCACCUUCCUGUGACGAAUCGACAAAUUCAGAAUGUGGAUCCUUCACCAAAACGUGCAGUUGUCAGGCAAAGUCAGUUGCCAUGUACGGUUCACGUCAUGUUCAUGAAAUACUAGUUAUUGGAAACAUUAAAGUGUUUUAUCACUGGACUCUUAAAUUCAGAUAAAUGCUUCUCAUGAUUCAACAAAACAAGGUUAGGUCGCUAGUCUCAAGACAACUGGUACCCAAGUACCAGGUGUAGGAUUUUCUCACUACUCACUACUUUACUCAAACCUUUGUGUCCAACAUCAGAGAUGAGACAAGUAAAAUGAAUAACCUGCUGUAAAAACUGAGCACAAUUCUACACAGUUGAGUACACUGUUUGUUUGUUUUUUCAGUUUUGUUUUCAUUGCCAUUAAACAAAUUGAUGUUAGACUUUCACGGAGGAAAAAAAUUAAAAUUAUAAAAAAUUAAAAAAAGAGAAAAAUUAUGAAAAGUUAAAAAAAAAAGUUUGUACAUGGCACUUGGGAUUGUAAAUUGACAAUUUGAUUAAGAAAUUUGUUUAAUUCAAGCCAUUUUGUUGUUGCAAUGAUACUUCUGUUCUAAAAAGUCUGGAAUGAAAGCAUUAAACGUG